AUGAAUAAAAUGCCAAUUCAUGAAAUGAAACAAAUUUUAGAAUAAAAAAUUGAUUUUGAUUCUUAAGCAACGUAGACUGCUUUGAAUAGGUUGGGUUUAAGUUAAAGGGCAUUUGAGAAGAUUAGUUACUUGGAGUAUAUGACUACGAAUAGAUGCUAGUAAGAUUAUUUUUCAUAUUUACAUUCGAUUGUAAUGAACAUAAAAAAAUUGCAGUAAGAAAUAGCAAAAAUGAAUUUAAAAGAUAAAUCAAUUGAUUGCGCAGAGCCAGAGAAUAUAGAUGAGAUUAUUGCAUUGUUGGAUUAACGAAUGUAAAAGAAAAUAACAAGCAACAGUUAACCUCGUAUAAUAUCAUACAGAGAGAAAACUCAGGAGAAAGAUGAGAAGAAAUCAAGAAUAAUAAAAUUGAAUCAUUAUUAGAUUAAAUCAAUAACGGAGAGAACACUAGUAUAGCAACAAUCGCCACCUAAAGAUCAAAACACUUUCAUUUCUCAAAGUCCAGACAGAAUCAUACACAAGAAGUUAAUCAUCUCCAACAAUCAAAGUGCUGCAGAUUUGUAUUCAAAACAACAGGCUUCAAUUGAAGCGAGUACUAUGGAACAAUUAAACGAAUCAUUACGUAAGAAUAUACCUGACAAAAAUCAAACAAUUAUUACAGGAAUUCGUUAAAGACUGAAGGAUAGCAAUUGUAGCAAAUAAGCUAUUGAUGAGUUUAUGAAUAGAAUUGCGAAAUUAAGAAGUGUGUCAUAAUAAUCUAUUGAAAGCAAUAGGAAGAUCUCAACGCCAGCAAUCAAAUUUGUCAAAAAGAAAAGUUCUAAUCUCAUAACAACAAAAUUAGAAAUGAUGUUGAGAAAGGAAAAACUAAUUAUUCCUGAUGAACCCUUAAAAGUUCAUCAAUUAAAAAUAGGAAGCAUUAUGGGUGUGAUUUAGAGGAUUAAAACUCAAAAAUAAAAAUAACAAUCCAAAAUAUCUUAACAACUCAACAACGAAAUCUGA